GCAAUCGCAGCAAGGGCGAGGGCCGCUGCAUGAGAUUCAGUUGCCCCAGCGACGCUGAGACUCCAUUUUAUGACGAGGGCUGUGCAACGCCUGCCAGUCAAGCAUAUUGUGGGAGUCAUCCCUACUUUGGAGGUUAUGACUUUGACCCUGACGAUCCUGACCUUGAUGAGCGAUGCUGCAAACCAGGUGGCGUCCCACUAUUUCAGGUGGCCGUUGCAGCAAACCGAUGCUUCGAUGUCAGCUUGGUGGCUGUACGCUCCGAAGACCUGCACCUCGAUGUUGGAGUGUUUUUUACCAAGUACAGUCCGGCUGAUGAUGAUGAGGAUACAGAUAUGUCUGAUGUGACAUCGUUUCGAAUUACUUGCCACACAGGAGAGAAGUCGGUGAUAUCUUGCGAGGAGAUUUCGGGACAGCUGGGGUUCGUGACGGGAGCAACGAUGCUCGGGACAGACGCCUUCGGGUUGGGCCGUUCAAGGCUUGUGCUUGUGCACCAGAAGGGUAGGCUGCCUUGUCUCCUUCGCAAUGCAAAAUUAUACACAUGUGAGUGGGCUGGCCGAGCUGAUAUCGCCUGCCCUGACGAGUGCAAAGACGUUAGAUUCCCACAGCAAAUCGUCCAUUUGGGAUCUUCCAGCUUGGCCACCUUGUCACAACGCACUCUGUGGGUCGUGGAAUUCCCGGAAGGAGCAGUGCAUAUAGCUGUGGAAGAGGUUGCCAGACAGGUGACAUGGCGCAAGGUGCUAGAUCUUGGAGACUUGGCGGGGAAGAACCCAUGCUUGCUCGCUCAUGGUCCCCGGGAUGGACAACUGAUGAUCUUCAUCGUAAACCAAGGCUGCUUGCCGUGUACGCAGCGCAGUCUCAUGACCAAGUGUAAGCAGUCCAACCGAGCGAGCUCCAUUUCCAUGUCUAUCAUCUUGGCGGAGCAUGUCUGGGUGUCCCCGGUGCAUGAUCCUGACGAGAUGCAGCGUGUUGCCACUUUCACCUUCACGAACCCCGACAACUCAGCCCAUGGAGUUCCGGUUGCAAGCAACCAACGCUUUUGCCUGGUCGGGAUGCUGAUGCGCUUCGAAUACUUUCGAAAGAUGUUCGAAGCGUGGUCAGAAAGGGCAUCUGCAAAGGUUGACAUGCUGGAUACCGACGUGGCCACUUUCGACCACUUCAUGCAGUAUGCAUAUUGUGGCAGGAUUUCAGAUGACCUCAAUCUUGCAAUGUUGACCUGCUUGCUGCGCUUUGCAAACAAGUAUCUGCUGCCAGACUUGGCUGCACGCACUCUCGAAGAUGCUCACUGCAUGAAAAGGCAGAGCAGCGCCACGUUAGCGGAACUCCUCCUUCUCGCCGAUGAGGCAAUGCAUUCCAUUCUCUGCUUUCGCGGUGACGUGUUGAAGGAUGCCUCCUUCCUGGCUACGGUCACAUCGAGAAGUUCGGCCAUGCUCGCGCAGUUGCUGGCUCCUGUGGCUCCAAACCAUAACUUCUGCCAACCGGAGAUUCUUGCAAGCAAGCAUGCAUUCAUUUGA